GAGAGAGAGAGAGAGAGAGAAAGAGAAAUAAAAAUUGUCGGAAGAUAGAUGAUUCAGAAAGCGCAGCUUUUUACAAUAGGUGGAAACUUAUGAUAUUUAUUACGUGUGCUGCUCCGCGUGGAAGUACGUUGCAAGUAGCAAACGUGCAUGCGUGACAUUCGAUUUGUUUUUAUCGUGUAGUAACCGCCUACGUGAAUGAACGUUUGGUAAUUGCAGAACGAGAUACUUUUCAUACAUAUCUUCUGACGAAGAAACCAAAAGAGAAAGAAAAAGAACGAAGACGAACGUGUACUAUAGUGAGAAAGCGAGCGAGUGUACGCAACCCAGAUCGUGAACGAAAGAACGAUGGCAAGACUCUUGAACGUUUGGCGGGAGGAUAAGCCGAGAGACUUGCUGUCCAGCAAGCAAAUGCUGUUGAAUGUCGACGAGAAUUUGACAAUGGUGAUGGAUAUAAAAAAUUUAGGAGCAAUCUGUGAUAAUCCUAUAAUCCGUGGGAAAUAUUUACAGGAGUUUGUAAAAAAAUUGGAAAUACUUACAAAGGAAGAAAUUAAAGCAUCCUUUGAGGUUACAUGCAAGGACAUGCUUGCUAUUUUGAGCGAAACUGUACCAUGUGUAGGUUGUCGAAGAAGUGUUGAAAGACUAUUAUAUGAUUUAAUGAAGUCUGGACAUCCUGCAUUAGAUCCACUAGUUAUUACUCCUGGUGGUCUGCUUUCAAUUAAGGAUGAUGUACUAGAAUCGCCUGAGCAACUUUGUACAAUGUUACAUGGACACAGCACUAGAUUAAGUAAUUUAGUAGAGCAACAACCAAGAAAUAGGAAAUCUCAACGAUGUAUAUUGCAUUCUUUGGAAAUUCAACGAAUGCGACCUCCACCGAACGCAUGGAAGGAAGUUUGGGAGUGUAUGGAAAAACCAUGCCAAGAGGAACUCGCCUUGAUAGAGACUGAUAUACUAGAUGAGACAUUAGAUAUUUAUCUACGUAAACAUAGAUUUUGUGCAGAGUGCCGCAACAAGGUAUUAUUAGCAUCCUCUCUUCUAACAAGGGAGCCCGACCCCACAAAAGAAAAAGGCUAUGUAUCUAUUUUGUACACCGGUAUUAGACGUUGUAUAGCCGAUCAUCACAUUCACUUACCAACCAUGACGAAUUACAUCGGUACCAUUAUCGGUCGCGCACAGCCAGAACUCAUGGGAAGAGAGCGUCAUGCGAAGACAUUGGAAAUUGCUCAAGAGGAAGUACUUACAUGUUUAGGCAUAUGUAUGGCGGAACGUUUACAUAAAGUCCAUCGACGGUUGAGAGAAGAGGAGACUGUGUGUAAAGUAUUAGCUGCUGUUGCAAUAGAUGCAUUGUCUAGAAAUUUUCAGAUGGCAGUCGAGAUGAAGCAAGGUUUUACGCAAUUAGAACUAUUAUAUGAAGAAUUCACGAGGGAAGAAAUAGCGAAACAGCAGAAACGUGAGAAGUUACGGCUCAAACGUAAGAAGCAGAAGGAACGUCGUUACGAGACCGAGACCGAGGAGAAGGAAAAUACCUGUAAUUGUUCAAGCGAGAGACAAAAUGGUGAUAGCCAAUCCUGUAUCUGUGCGGAAUUGAAAUCAGCAACGCAAAAUAUUGACCGACAUAAGUUGCAAGUUUUAGAUCCAAAAAACAAAGGUAUGCGGACGUGCAAAUGCCCCGAUUGUUCGAACAAAACGAAAACACCAAGUAUAUCGCAAUCGCAAGAUAAAACCGAACAAGCAUUCCCUGUAAAAAAGACGACGACUUCACAGAAGACUAUGAUUAAAGAUUCCUCUGAGACGAAGAUGAAACCUGACAUGAAUGAAUCUGAACGGAGUAGCUUAUCUUACGAACAAUUUCCUCAGGAGAUUUCAUCGGAUAUCUCCGAGUCGUGUAAGAACUUAGGUAUGAAAUCCGAUGAAACUCAGUGGAAUUAUGACGACGAUUGUAAGAAUUUCGUGACGAAGGAAUUGUUAGACGCUUGGAUCGCGAAACCCCGUGCAAAAAGUAAAUACACCAUGUGGAUAGAAAUGAGGAAACGUUUCAAAUUGUCUGAGAGGGAAGGUCGCUCUAACAGCGAGCAAUCCUCCCAAGAUUGUGGGUAUUCUUCCGAACAAAAUAUCAGUAGUUCUUCUCUUCCUAGCACUCCAGAUGGCUUUGAACUAGCCUGCAACGAUGCAUGUUGUAAGCAUGGUGGAUAUUGUUACGAUCUACAGUCAUGUGAUAAACUUAUUCAUUCCGAUUCUAGCAUCUCUUUAUUGAAGAAGAGAGGCGGCGGUUUGACACUUAUGCAAAUGUUAGAGGAUUCCUACUUGUAUGAUGAUAGCAACGACGACGAGGAGAGUCAUAUUCCAGCGGAAGAAAUAUUGGAAUUCAAAUCGCGGAUGUGUCAAGUUACAGAAAAGCGGCAGGAACUUCGGCAAACACUUAGAGAACGUUUUGCUGUCUUAUGUAGCCAUAUGAAACCAUUUAUCAUGCAUCAAUAAGAAUUUCUGGUUGAGAUAUUGCAAUAUGGUAUAGCAUACCAUAUUUUUUCUGUUUUAUCAGAUAAUGAGACAUAAGUAUAAUAAAUAUAUUUUGGACUGUUAUCGCUUGAGGUCUACUUGUUAUAUGAAAUAAAAUGCUGGGAAUUAUUCAGAGAAAAAGAAAAAAACGGAAUUGUGACACUAUACGAUUCAUCUACAAACAGAGAGCUGCGUUUCGAGAUAAACAUAGAUAUACCAGAAGAAAAAGAAAUUAUUAAUGUCGCAUUGAAUUUUCAUUGUGUUUUCAAUAAAAAAAGCAAAUCUUAAACUGUCAUUAAACAGCGUGUUCGACAGAACACAAUGCAAAUAGAAGCAUUAUAGGACUAUUAUACAUAAAUCAAAUUAUAUGGAUUUGUGCAAUUUUGAAGCGAGUAUUGCUAUUUUGUAUGAGCAUGCCUUGACUAUGAUAUGGCAGAUACCUGAUUCCACACGCAGUGCGGGUGCAAAUUACAUAUUACAUGUACAAGCUUUAGAUGAUUACUGGUACUUGAAGAAUACUGUGUUUUUUUCAGACCUUAAAGUUAUGUGAUUUCUGGUUUAUGAAGACUUAUAUCCGUAUUGUAAAAGUAGGAACGAGCAACUGACAAUUGCCACAAUUAUAAUAUAAAAUAAACGUUG